UAUGAAUAAGUUAUUGCUAUUAAUUUCAUUGAUAUUCUGGCAAUUUCAAAAUGUCGAAAAUGCUGCUAUUCCAAAUUUGAAUUUAAACGAACUUGAAAAACGUGAAACUGAAAGUACAGUCACAGAAGUUUUAAUCCUUACCACAACCAUAACAGAUACCCAAGAAACUGAGAGUGUGGUCACGGAAGUUUUAAUCCUUACCACAACCAUAACAGACACCCGUGAAGAAGCAAUCGUUAACUCAACUGCAACAACUUCCACUCCAGAACAAUUUACCAGAGAGACUUCCUAUCCUAAACAAGUUACCACAAUAUCGUCCUCUCCAGAAGAAUUUACCAGAGAAACUUCCUAUCCUGAACAAAUUACCACAAUAUCUUCCUCUCCAGAAGAAUUUACCAGAGAAACUUCCUAUCCUGAACAAAUUACCACAAUAUCUUCCUCUCCAGAAGAAUUUACCAGAGAAACUUCCUAUCCUGAACAAAUUACCACAAUAUCUUCCUCUCCAGAAGAAUUUACCAGAGAAACUUCCUAUCCUGAACAAAUUACCACAAUAUCUUCCUCUCCAGAAGAAUUUACCAGAGAAACUUCCUAUCCUGAACAAAUUACCACAAUAUCUUCCUCUCCAGAAGAAUUUACCAGAGAAACUUCCUUUCCAGAACAAGUCACCACCUUAUAUUCCUCUCCAGAACAAGUUACCACAUCAACUUCCUCUUCAGAACCAACCAUUUCCAUAUCCACAGCCAUACCCUAUGAAGAACCAAUCGCAACGGCAAUCAACGUGGUCAGAGGGGUUGAAACCUUCCAAGAAACAGACAUUGUCCUUAGUGACACCGGAAUCCUUUCACUCGUUGACGUUGUGAAUGUAGUUAUCGAAUCUGCUUCUAUUGAGAGUGGGACUUCAUUAUUUUAUACACAAUCAUUCCUGGCUGAUGAUGAAGCUAUCAGUGUUCAAUUAUCGGAUGUUGUGAAUGAAGGAUUGAUUUGGUUGGAUAUUAGAACUGCUCCACAAUUGGAUGGUAUCUUGUUUAAGAGAAGAGACCAAAGCUUGAAGAAGAGGGAUGAUGAGAAUGUUGUUAUGUUGACUAAUCUUGAGAAUAAUGGAGAUUUAAUGAUUGUGGCUGAUGGAAACACGAUUAUUGAAAUUGUGGGGUUGACUAAUACUGGAAACAUCCGUUCUGAAGCAACUAAUGGACAAGCAAUCAUGAAUACUAAUAGUAAUACUGAAUCAUUUGUUAAUUCUGGUGUUUUAUCAUUCCUGAAUUUCUUGUUUAAUGCCAAUGCCUAUAUUACUGGGGAUGGAUCGAUUGUACUUGAAGACAAUUCAGAAUUGGUUGUUAAUGGAGUAGAAAUUGAAUCUCAAAUUUUCUUAGAAGGUGAAUCUGCUAAGGUUACAUUCACCAGUAUUGCCAGUUUAUGUAGGCUUGAUUGUCGUUAUAUAUUAAGAAAUUUUGGUGUUGGGAAUCAAAUUGUUCUUAAUUCUGAAAUUGUAAGUAUGUCAUAUUCAUCAGAUUAUUCAGCUUGGUUGGCUGCUACAGCUGGUGGUGCUCAAGUAAUACUAGAUUUUGGUGAAGGGUAUGAUUCUGUUAAUUGGGACUUUACAACCACUCCUGGAGUUCUCACCUAUGUUGCUGAAACACCAGAAGAAGCAAUUGCAGAUGCUCCAGCUAUUGUAAUUGAAGUGGAGGCAAUUCCUGGUGCAGAACCUGAAUUAUACACCACUACUUUUGUUAGUUCUGAUGAUGGAGCCCCAACCACAAGAAGUGCAGUUGUGUUGAUAAGUACAAUUGAUUCAGUUUGGUUUACAAGUAUUUCUUAUUUCUCUGAUGAAGAAGCCGAAUCCACCGAAACUGUGACUUCAACCAUUUCUGCUCCACCAGAAACUAUAACCGUCACAAGUCCCCAAGCUACUGCAACUGUCCAAGAGACACAAACAUUCACCGAGACAUCGUCUUCAUCAGCUGUUCCAGAUGGUGGUGUUGUUGGUGUAUACUUGUCUCAAUCAGUUAGUACUGUUCCCACUGAUGGCCUUAUUGGCGUAUACUUGUCUCAACCAACUGCUUCUUCUCCUACUGAAGGUCUUAUUGGUGUAUACUUGUCUCAGCCAACUGCUUCUUCUCCUACUGAAGGUCUUAUUGGNGUUCCAGAUGGUGGUGUUGUUGGUGUAUACUUGUCUCAGCCAACUGCUUCUUCUCCUACUGAAGGUCUUAUUGGUGUAUACUUGUCUCAAUCAGCCGCUUCUUCUCCCACUGAAGGUCUUAUUGGUAUUUAUUUGUCUCAGUCAGUUGCUUCUGCUCCCACUGACGGUCUUAUUGGUGUAUACUUGUCUCAACCAGCGGCUUCUUCUCCCACCGAUGGUCUAUUUGGUGCAUACUUGUCUCAAUCAGUUCCUUCUAUCCAAACUGAAUCUAUUGAAGGAUUUUUUGCUGGUAUUCCUGCAGUUGAAACACCCAUUCAAGGUUUACAAGCUGUAAGUGUACCAAUAGCUGUUAUAGUUGAAGGAGCCCCCCAGGAAGUUUCAGAAGGAGACGCAUUAAUUGAGGAAGAAGUGUCAGCUGAUACACCUGAAGAAGAAGCAGAAGUAGAAGAUGAAGUAGUAGAAGUAGAAGGUGAAGUGGUAGAAGAAGAAGAUUCUAUUGCUCUUGAGGAUAGCAAUAUUAGUGUUAACAGUGGGUCAUUAAUGACAGUUAGUGCUGGAUGGUCAUUCGCUUUAUUUGUUUCGUUUCUUAUUCUUUAG